GGCACUUCUGGAAGUGGAAAGUCUACACUAGGAACCCAAUUAGCUCAAUCACUCGCAAUCCCAUUUAUCGAUGGAGAUGAUUUACAUCCCAAGAGCAAUAUCGAAAAGAUGUCAAAAGGUAUUCCAUUGAAUGAUGAAGAUCGAUUGCCUUGGUUAUUGUCCAUACCAGGACAAGCAAAACAAUCCCAUGAUGGGCAGCACCACAAACAAUCUGAUGUUAGCCAACACAAAUAUAACGCAUGUGUGAUUGCUUGUUCUGCUUUGAAAAGGUCUUAUCGUCAUCUACUUCGACAUGGUCUAUCUGAAUCAGAAUCAGAGGCCAACUUGCCGGCAGACGUGGAUGAUCACCUUCAUAAAGAUGCAUUGGAUGUUUAUCACGUCUAUCUUAAAGUAUCACCCGAAGAACUUUUGCGAAGGAUGCACGAACGAGCAGGACAUUUCAUGAAGGAGGAUAUGCUCAAAUCCCAAUUGGCUACUCUGGAAGAUCCAACAGGUGAACCGCGCACGUUGGUGCUAGAUGAUGGACCGGUACAAAAUCUAGUCGAAAAGGGAAAGGACUUCUUUAACUCAAUUCUGUGA